ACGCCCCAGGCUUCCGCGGGAUCCUGGUGGAGUCACGUCUGCUUGACACUAAGGUGUUGCUGUGAUUAUUAUUAUUCUUAUUAUUUUUUUGUCCAGACCUUCCUUCUGGGCCUGGGCCUGGACGCUAAGAUGUACCACAACAGCAGCCAAAAGAGACAUUGGACUUUCGCCAGUGAGGAGCAGCUGGCGCGUCUGCGGGCCGACGCUAAUCGCAAAUUCAAAUGCAAAGUGGUGGCAAACGGGAAGGUUCUUCCAAAUGAUCCAGUCUUUCUUGAACCUCACGAAGAAAUGACACUCUGCAAAUACUAUGAAAAAAGAUUACUAGAAUUCUGUUCAGUGUUUAAGCCUGCAAUGCCAAGGUCUGUUGUGGGUACAGCUUGCAUGUAUUUCAAGCGUUUUUAUCUAAAUAACUCUGUAAUGGAAUAUCACCCACGGAUAAUAAUGCUUACUUGUGCAUUUUUGGCUUGCAAAGUAGAUGAAUUCAAUGUGUCUAGUCCUCAGUUUGUUGGGAACCUUCGGGAGAGUCCUCUUGGACAGGAGAAGGCACUGGAACAGAUUUUGGAAUACGAGCUACUCCUUAUACAACAGCUUAAUUUUCAUCUUAUUGUUCACAAUCCUUAUAGACCGUUUGAGGGCUUCCUCAUUGAUAUAAAGACCCGUUAUCCCAUGCUGGAGAAUCCAGAGAUUUUGAGGAAAACAGCUGAUGACUUUCUUAAUAGAAUUGCAUUGACUGAUGCUUAUCUUUUAUACACACCUUCGCAAAUUGCCUUGACUGCCAUAUUAUCUAGUGCCUCCAGGGCUGGGAUUGCUAUGGAAAGUUAUUUAUCAGAGAGUCUAAUGCUGAGAGAAAAUAGAACUUGCUUGUCACAGUUACUAGAUAUAAUGAAAAGCAUGAGAAACUUAGUGAAAAAGUAUGAACCACCCAGAUCUGAAGAAGUUGCCAUUCUAAAACAGAAGUUGGAGCGAUGUCAUUCUGCAGAGUUUGCACUUAAUGUAAUUACAAAGAAGAGGAAAGGUUAUGAAGAUGAUGAUUAUGUAUCAAAGAAAUCCAAACAUGAAGAGGAAGAAUGGACUGAUGACGACCUAGUAGAUUCUCUCUAACCAUUUGAAGUCAAUAUUGUCAGUGCUAGCGAAAGUAGCAGAAGUAGGAAGCGUAUGUGGCACUUUAUUCAAAAAGUAUAAUGUGAAAAUAUCAAAAUAUAUUAAACUUUUUUUGUUAUUUUCCUUUUGUGAAGUUGCUUUGUAUAAAAAAUGUCUUUAUAAAAGC